UACACGUCAGACGAGACAGUUGUUUACAAGCUGUCAGCUGACCCACAACAGGACGUAUGGACUGUAUCUGUCAGUGUAUUUGACAAAUAACUACUUAAGGUGUGAGAGUGCACUGCAUAAAAGAAUUAGUGUUUACAUUGUAAAUAAUUGAACUUAUAAAGAACUAUUUUAAGAGAGUGGAAAACAUCAGUAAUUGUUCAUGAACUACUUCAUACUGUGUGAUCAGCAGUACAUAUACUUCACACCUCAAGAUGGAGGCCUUAUACCAUCAAACAAACCGCCUGUUGCAAGAGGUGACAUCUAAUAACCUGGUGAAGAUUGAGCGGUCACACACUCCAGAAGAGGUUAAUGAAGCUGAGGCUGUAGUGAUCCAAAAGCUUGACACUAUUCAUUCCAACUGCAGUCGCCUGGAUAUAUUGAUCAACAAGGAGCCACCAGCUAGAAGAGUGAAUGCAAAAUAUCGAGUUGAUCAGCUGAAGUAUGACCUUCAGCAUGUUCAGAAUUCAUUUGGAAUGCUACAGCAUCGUAGACAAAUGCGUGCCCGUGAGGUAGAGGAGAGAGAUGCAUUGCUGUCUCGAAAAUUUACCACCAACGACCAACAGGACACUUCCAUUUUCUUGGACCAUGAACUUCAGCAUCAUGAUAAAUUAGGGGAUACUAAUCGGAAUGUAGAUGAACUUUUAGGAGCAGGCACCAACAUCCUCCAGGGCCUGCGAGACCAAGGGUCAACUUUAAAGGGUGCCCACAAACGUGUUCUAGACCUAGCAAAUACACUUGGCUUAUCCAAUACUGUCAUGAGAAUGAUAGAAAGGCGGUCCACGCAGGACAAGUAUAUCUUAUUUGCUGGUAUGGUUAUUGUACUUCUAUGUUUGUACUUUGCAUUGAAGUAUUUAUGAAAAUAGAUAACAUGACUUCUGAUUUUACAAUUUAAAUUUCACAUCUUGGUGUAGUAUUUCCUUAUGCAUUGUAUGUAUUUGGGCACAAAAAACUGUUAAAGGCAGUUUAAGAUACACUAAGCAUUUAAGAUACACCACUUAAUCCCCUGAUGACACACAAGAUAUAAAUAUUAUUUGAAGCUCCAUCCCCAAAGCCACUAAGUAAUGAUAUAUUUUAUGUUCUUAAAAUAAUAGAAAAGGAAAUUUAAUACUGUACACGUGAGUGGCAAUUUGUGGUAAGUAGAUUCACUUUUGUUGUUUCAGUUAACUGGUUAAAAAAGUUUUCUGGCUUGAUACCCUUCACCAGGUGGCUCUCAUUACUGCACAAGCCAACAAUUAAGGUUUAGCCAUCACACCAAACUCUCCUUUAAAAGCUGGAAGCUGAUCUUAUGAUUAUGGUACUUAUCCCUCCCCUUCACAACCACCACCCUCAAAAGAGGGAUUUUAAAAACAAAGGUUGCCCUCUAAAAGCAGGAUAUCUUUUACGGGACAGGAAGUACUUCUAGGCUUUGUGUAAUUAGAUGUAGGAAUCCCUAAUGUCGGUUCAGGGCUCCAUCUUCAUAUUUACUUUUGAAAGGUUAUUUAGAUAGAUGCUUAAUACAAGGGACAAAAUUUGCACUCCUUUGAUAAUGGAGCAUGGGAUUCAUUACCCUUCUGGGUUGAGUUUGCAUAUCAACAUGAAUAGAACUGAAAGUUCUGCACUGGUUUCUCCAUCAAAUGAGAAAUAAGCUUUUGGGAAGGAUUUUCUGGUUUGUGAGUACAGUCUCUCUUUGACUUACGACAACCCGGACAUAUGAUGGCCAUGGUCGUGUAAAAUAUUUUUCACAUUACGUAUUUUCGAGUCCCGACGUUAGUGAUCGCGCUGUGUACUGAAAUUUUUUUUUUUUUGUA